AAUGAGGAUGGUGAAUGAGACCAUGGAUCAGAAUCCUCAGCAGGAAGAUGAGGAGGAAGUGGAACCACAUGGAGUGUUACUGCAAAGAUGCAAAGAGAGUGUGUCCAGGAGUUGUGAGCAGGAAAAAGCCUGUGAGAGUCAGUACUGGCCAGAGAAGCAGCAGGGAAACCAACCAAUGCAGAAAACUGGUCAAUCUGUUAAUUAUCAGGGAAAUCAGAAACACAACAAGAAUACCAUGGCCCAGCAGGUUAUCCUCAAGGGAGAGAGAAAUAACACAUGCACUGACUGUGGGAAAAAGUUCAGUAAGCGAGCACAUCUUAUUAUCCAUCAGAGAAGCCACACAGGGGAGAAACCCUAUGAAUGCUGUGAGUGUGGGAAAACCUUCGCUCAGAGCUCAAACCUUACUACACAUAAGAGAAUCCACACAGGAGAGAAACCCUAUGAAUGCUGUGAGUGUGGGAAAUCCUUCACUGAUCACUCAACCCUUAUUAGUCAUCAGAGAAUCCACACAGGGGAGAAACCCUAUGAAUGCUGUGAGUGUGGGAAAUCCUUCUCUCGGAGCUUACACCUUAUUCAACAUCAGAGAAUCCACACAGGAGAGAAACCCUAUGAAUGCUAUGAGUGUGGGCAAACCUUCGCUCAGAGUUCACAGCUUAUUAGACAUCAGAGGAUCCACACUGGGGAGAAACCCUAUGAAUGCUGUGAAUGCGGGAAAACCUUCACGGGUAGUUCAAACCUUAUUAGUCAUCAGAGAAUCCACACAGGGGAAAAACCCUAUGAAUGCUAUGAGUGUGGGAAAACCUUCACUGAUAGCUCAACCCUUAUUAGCCACCAGAGAAUCCACACAGGGCAGAAACCCUAUAGAUGCUGUGAGUGUGGGAAAACCUUCUCUUGGAGCUCAGCUCUUAUUCAACAUCAGAGAAUCCACACAGGGGAGAAACCCUAUGAAUGCUGUGAGUGCAGGAAAACCUUUUCUCAGAGCUCAGCCCUUAUUCAACAUCAGAGAAUCCACACAGGGGAGAAACCUUACGCAUGUUGUGAGUGCGGGAAAACCUUUGCUCAGAGCUCAAAACUUAUUAGACAUCAGAGGAUCCACAGAAGAGAGUGACCCCAUGAAUUUUAUGAAUAUGGCAAGUUCUUAUAUCUGAACUCAGCCUUUAUUUAUCAUUAGAGAUACUGCAAGGGAGAUAGACCAUACAAACCCUGUCUAGAGCUGAGAAAAUAUUGUUUUCCUUUCACUAAUUCUCACAUAGUGAAAUUUAAGGCAUAAUUUGUGUCCCUGUGAUCUUUCAGUUCCCCCAGAUGAGUUGUCUGCUUUUCCCUGCUGUAGCACAUCCUCCCUUGGGGAGAAUCCCAGAGUCUUUAUGAUCAACUGCUUUGUUCUAUGUUGUGGAAGUAUCCCUCAAACAAGAAUGUCUGUCAACUCCAGGUGGGGGAACCAGGAGUGACCUCAACUAGGGACAUGGAGGUUUAAUGUACUUGGGCCUUGAUUCCACUAGGAUUUAGCUAGCUUCAAUUAGCGGUCUUGAUAUAAAAACAAAGUUUUUUUUCAAUUAAAAAGAUAGUCCAUUUAUAGUGGUUAUGGUAAUUUAGCAAAUUUUGUGAAGACUUGACAUAACAUCCAUCACUUUUCCUAGUGUAAACAAAUUUGGUGCAUCCUAUAUAUACUUUUCCUCCCACUGCAAAGCAAUUGUUGGUCACCACAUUCCCCCACUAUGGACAGAUUGUCUGAUUCCCAGUUGUUUUCACAUUGCACUGGGUUCUGUUGAACGUUUUUGUACCAUUUUUCUCAUUUUAAAUGUAUAUAAAUAUAACAAAGAGAAGGAGCAGGAUUAGGGAUAGGAAAAUAAGUUUUUUCAACCUCCGUGACACCUGAAGAAGAAGUGGUGAGUCGCAAGGAUUCCCCCUUUCCGAAUUACUCCAGCAGUGUUUUUCUCUUUGAGCCAGAAUUUAUGUUUUCCACUUUCUACACCUCCACCUCACUGUGUCUUAUGAUUCAGUGUUCUCAGCCCUCUGCUUGGGAAUAACACUUAGAUUUGAUCCUAAAACAUAGUGAUUUAGGGCCUGAGAUGAAAGUGUCACAGACCUGGAAGGGGAAUUUGAAUGGAUCUCAAAUGCAGUAUAAUCAUUUGGAGUUCAAAUCUCAGUUUCCAACUAUUGGCAAAGCCUCUUCUCAGAUUUUUCCUAUUGAGAUGGAAUUGUUUGCAGAUGGAGAGGUUGGUUUUUUCCCCAUUAUGAUGAUGCUAGAAGUUUUGUAAAUGAUACAACUCAAUAGUAACGAGUGAAGCAGGUUUCAAUGGAUCAGAAGAGAAUGUAAUGGGAAAAUCUCUUGUCUUGAUUCUGAGUCAUCACCUUUAACUUGCUCUGGAAUUUCUAGUUAUAUGAAACUGGAUGUAUCUUA